AUGCCUAUCAGUGGUAUCGGAAAAGAGCUCGCGAUAGCCUUUGCGACCAAAGGAAUCACUGUUCUUGCCACCGCACGGCGCACCGGAUCUCUGGACAAUUUAACUAGUCAGUAUGACAACAUUGAAAGCUUUUCCCUCGACCUCGACGAGCCAAACGGCAUUGAGAAGUUAAGAGAUGCCGUGGUGAAGCGCACAGAUGGCCGCAUCGAUUUCUUGGUUAACAAUGCCGGGACACAUUACGCAUCAACAGCGGUGGACCUAGAGAUCGAAGAGGUCAUGAAACUAUUCCAAGUCAAUGUAUUUGCCGUCAUGCGUCUAGGUCAAGUCUUUGUGCCGCUCCUCUGUCAGGCACCACGACCACGAAUCGUGCAGAUUGGGAGUGUGACAAGGAGCAUACCGGUUGUAUGGCAAGGACCGUACAAUGCUUCCAAGGCUGCUCUUAGCCAACAUUCCAAGACUCUUCGAUUGGAGCUGAUGCCACUGGGAAUUGAAGUGGUUGAGAUAGUGACUGGGUUCGUGUAA